AUGUCAUUCCCCAAAGUUCCUCCCAGCGGCAUCUGGACGCCGGCUGUAACUUUCUUUGACCCCGAAACCGAUAAUCUAGACACGGAGUCUCAAGCAACAUACUAUUCAUAUCUUUCCAAGACCGGCCUCGCUGGUCUAGUCAUCUUAGGAACUAAUGCCGAGACUUUUCUUCUCACCCGCGAGGAACGAAAGACGCUGCUCGAAACGGCCCGUAAGGCAUGUGGGCCAUCUUACCCUAUUAUGGCGGGCUGCGGUGGACAUUCCACGCGCCAAGUGUUGGAAUUCAUCACCGAUGCGGCAGAAGCCGGGGCCAACUACGUACUUGUCUUACCGCCGGCCUACUUCGGCAAGGCGACUACUCCGGCCGUGAUCGACAAUUUCUAUGCCGAAAUCGCUACCAAGAGCCCUCUCCCCGUAGUAGUGUAUAACUUUCCCGGAGUCUGCAACGGCGUGGACUUAGACUCGGCUACUAUCGCGAAGCUAGCGAACACCCAUAGCAACAUUGUCGGCGUGAAGCUGACCUGCGGCUCCGUGGCCAAGAUCACACGUCUCGCUGCCGAAUUACCCUCGGAACGGUUUGCAACUUUCGGGGGACAAUCAGAUUUCCUAAUCGGAGGUCUUAGCGUCGGCUCCGCGGGAUGCAUCGCCGCGUUCGGCAACGUCUUCCCGAAAGCCAUUGUGCAGAUCUACAAGCUGUUCAAGGAAGGGAAGUAUCAGGAGGCGCUGGCCUUACAUCAAAAGGCAGCAUUGGCAGAGCAGCCCUGCAAGGCUGGCAUUGCUGCGACGAAAUACGCCGCGGCGAUUCAUACGGCAAAGGCAGCUGGCAUUGAGGGCGCGGUGGAGAAGUUGAAGCCGAGGCGGCCUUACAUAGAGCCUACUGAUGCGGCUAAGAAGAAUAUUGAAGCUCAGAUGGCUGAGCUGGCGGCGAUAGAGAGUACACUAUAG